UGCAAGCCAGCAUCGCGCAUAGAAUUGUGCGCUGACCGUUUCGAAAGUUUCGCCCUUGGGCACUUCCAAAGCCGCCCGGCUCCCUCAUUGCCUGGAGAACAAUCCCAUGCCGAAUGGCUACCCGUGGGGCAAGAAGACUGUAGCCAACACCAAUCCCUACCAAAGUCCGCCCAACACCGGUGUCACCCGGCACUACACUUGGACUGUCACGAAGGAGACCUGCUCUCCUGACGGCGUCAACAAUACCUGCUUGCUGAUCAACGGACAAUUCCCCGGCCCAACCCUCGAAGCGAACUGGGGAGACUGGUUCGAAAUCGAGGUCACCAACACCAUCGAAGACGAGGGCACCUCCAUCCAUUGGCAUGGCCUGCUCCAAAAACAAACCCCAUGGAUGGACGGCGUUCCCGGCGACAGUCAAUGCCCCAUCGCCCCGGGUAAGACUUUCACCUACCGCUUCCAAGCCGACCUGUACGGCACUUCAUGGUACCACUCGCAUUAUAGUGCGCAAUACUCCAGCGGUCUUGUGGGGCCAAUGGUCAUCUACGGACCUCAGAAUGUCGAGUACGACGUGGACCUGGGCCCGAUCAUCAUUUCUGACUACUACUCCGAGUACUACUUCGUCAAUGUCGAGAAAACCCUGGCCAAUUCCGCAUCUGGUCAAGCUGGGCCGCCGCUCGCGACCAACAACCUGAUCAACGGCAAGACCAACAACGGCGGCAGCAUCGCCACUUUCAACGUUCAAUCCGGCAAGAGCUACCGUAUGCGCUUGAUCAACCCAGGUAGUGCCUCUGUGCAGAAGUUCUCCAUCGAUGGCUACAACUUCACCAUCUUUGCCAACGAUUUCGUGCCCAUCGAACCUUACACAACGGACGUGGUGACCCUGGGAGUGGGCCAGCGAUCGGAUAUCCUGUUCAAGGCAACUGGCAAACCGACCGACUCCGUCUGGAUGCGCGGCUUCCGCCCCCCGCCAUGCGGCCCUUCUGCAGGCAACGAGCUCGUCUUGGCCGCCAUCUUCUACGAGGAUGCUGACACGUCUGUCAUGCCAACCACCCAAGCCGGACCAAACGCGUACAGCACGUACUGCGGUAACGACCCUCUGUCGGAGACGGUGCCACAGUAUCCCAUGACUCCCCCGGAACCCGAUGUCACCAACCAGAUUGCGUUGAACUUCACCUCCAACGGCACUGCUCUGCUGUGGUACUUCAACGGCCAGACCUUCCGCAUUGAUUACAACGACCCCAUGCUGCUGGAGACUAAGCUGGGCAACGCGGAUCAGUUCCCUGCCAUCCGUAAUGCGCACAUCUACGACGGGAGCAUUAAUUCCGUGCGAAUCAUCCUUGAAAACCCCGUUCCUCAGCCGCAUCCGUUUCAUCUUCACGGGCACAACUUCUUCGUGCUGCAAGAAGGGCCCUGCUCCAGCAUUCCCGGGCCCACCCCGACUCCCCAGAGCACAUACACGAAGCCGCCGGUCAGCACGCAGAAAGCGACUACGGCGAGCUCCCCCUCGCACCACACCACUCCGAAGAGCUCUCCAUGGAGUACUCACAGUGUUCCUAGCUCUCCGACAACGGAGCACUCGAAGGGAUGGUCGAGCACCUCGGUCUCUCCUCCGCCGUAUAGCCCGACCAGCACUCCCUCGAGCUCAACUCCCGCUUACAGCACAAGCCCCUCUUCUACUCCUUCCAAUCCGGUGUAUGGCUCGACCGCCAGCGCUUCGUCGAGCAAUUCGACAAGCACUUUGACAAGCACUUCGAGCACCACAUCGACUACCACUUCCACCCCGUCUUACUCCAAGCGCGAUGACGACGCCGACCUCAAGCCUCGCAUGUGGAUCGACAAUGGCAAGCGCGACGCCGCGCCUCCCAACAGUUGUUGGGACGGAAGCAUUGUCAACCCUCAGAACCCCCAGCGACGAGACACGCAAAUGCUGCAAGCCAACUCGUACAUUGUCCUCCAAUGGAACCAAGAUAAUCCGGGCGUCUGGCCGCUCCAUUGUCACAUCGCGUGGCACUUGAGCGCCGGCAUGGCGUACAUGGUGGUCGAGAACCCGGAGGCCAUUGAGCAGGAGAUGCAGAUUCCGAGCGUCAUGGCGCAGACGUGCCGCGACUGGUGGGCGUGGACUGGUGACCAUGUGGUUGACCAGAUUGAUGAUGGGAUCUAAUGAAUUAGGCUGAACAUGGGCGGAUCGAGGCCCUCGAUGCGCGCUGUAAUCCGAACGAGCUGAUGACAGUUGGGCAAAUCGUCCCGAGCUUGUAUAAUGCUAUUACUAGUGCAAGAGGAACUGGAAUACACACGAUCGUACAAUCCCACGCCUUGCCUGCGCAUGGAGUUGAUCUUGGAGCCUCACGCGUGCCCACUUUUCCCCUCCGUUGCCACGAGCUCGUGAGGGAUUAUUAAGAUUCAUCAACCAUGCAUGC